UUUAUUUUGGAGGUCAACUCAUUUUGAAAUUAUAGGGUUUCGCCGGCUCCCCAAAUCUUACAGUUUUUGAUGGAUGGUUAUCCAAUUUUAGGGUGAAUCGAUCGAUCGCCUCCGCUCUGCUGUCGAUCUUACCGGUCCUAUCCUUGCGUUCGCUGAUUUGCUUCGACUCGGUUUCUCCACCGUUCCAAGUUGAUUCCUUAUAUUCAGGGCUGGAGUCUCGGAGCCCCGCCGCUCCCGAGCGACCUCCACCGGCGCCGACCAUGGUGGGGCGGCCACCGAUACCUCCGAACUCGUCCGCGACGAAGAGCAUCCCUCGCCCCAACAUCUCGCCGGCUCUCUACGCCAUUCCCGAGUCCACUCCGCUUCCGGACUCCCCCUCGUCUUUCCCUCCCGCGUCUCCCUACAUCAUCAACCACAAGCGACGGGGGCCGCGCCUCCUCAACGGUGGAAGCCGACUGCAGCCGCCGCCGCCGCCGCAGGUGGUGCAGAAGGCUGAGGCCGUCAAUGGAAAUGGAGUUGAAGUUGGUGUGAAUGGUUCUCAUGGCAACGAGUUCGAUGGGAAAGGGAAGCCCGGGGCUUCGCAUGGAGGCCAAGGUGAACCGGACUCGGUCACAGUUGAACUUCAGGAAGAGAAGCUUAAAGACGCGCAUGUGGAAAGUGGGGUUGUCGGGUCCGAGGAAUUGGCCGAGCCAUGCCCUGUUGGUUUGGAAGGAGACAUGGAGACUGAGGAUUUCUUUGAUCCUCAGGACUCUCUUAGCACCUCUAGCAAUCCUGAGCUCGACAGAAGUAAUGGUUCUGUGUGCUGGAGGCCUGGUACUCCUUCGGGGGAGUAUUUCGAUGCGUUUGAAGAGAUUUCCAGUGAUGGUACUUCACAAUCUUAUCGAAUUAUUGAAGAUGAACUGCGUGAGACGAGGCUGAAUUUAUUGAUGGAGAUAGAGAAACGCAAGCAAACUGAAGAAGCAGUUGAGAACUUGCAAAACCAGUGGAAGAUGCUGAGUCAUCAUCUGUCACUUGUCGGCUUGAAGUUUUCUGCUCCAACUUUCACCAUUGAGGUGGAUAAACAGUCCAAUGUUGAUCCUGCAGAGUUGUGCCAGCAUAUUGUUGUUUCACGCUUUGUGGCCGAUGCCAUAGGCAGGGCUUGUUCUCGUGCUGAGGUUGAAAUGGAGACAGAACCUCUAAUUGAAUCUAAGAACUUUGAGAUUGCUAGAUUACGUGAUCGCCUCCAGUAUUAUGAAGCUGCAAACAGGGAGAUGUCUCAAAGAAACCAAGAAGCAGUUGAAUUGGCACGACAACAUCGUAACAGGCGCAAGAGAAGGCAGAAAUGGUUUUGGUGCACAGUUGGUCUCCUUGUGACUGUUGGUGCCACUGCCGUUGCAUGGUCUUAUCUUCCUGUCUCGAGGUCUUCAACAACUGAAGGCAGUGCCACGGAGAGCCGUGAAAAAUGAAAGCAAAAGAUUUGUGCUAGUUGUUAAGUGUUUUCUUUGCUUAUACUCCUACAUAAUAACAUCAUGUACAUAAUAAGGAAGUAAAAGCUGAACAAAAUUGCAUGGGUCUUCAGCUUUCGAGCAUUUCUGUUGCUCGCUCUGUAUAUAAUUGGAUUGGGUGGGUCGAUCCCAGCUGGAAUUUGGCAUUCGCACAUGAUACAAGUUGUUUCUUUGAUGCCGAAGUGAAUAAUUGUGUUGUUGAAGAUCUUUUUGA